AUGGCCACUUCCAACUACGCGCAAAAGCCGUUUGAUCCAAUCACGGUGAAACCAAAUGAUAAAAAAAGAGUUGCUUAUUUCUACGAUGCUGAUGUUGGUAAUUACGCUUAUGGUGCCGGACAUCCAAUGAAACCACACAGAAUAAGAAUGGCACAUUCAUUGAUUAUGAAUUAUGGGUUGUACAAAAAGAUGGAGAUUUACAGAGCCAAACCUGCUACAAAGCAAGAAAUGUGUCAGUUCCACACUGAUGAAUAUAUCGAUUUCCUUUCGAGAGUUACACCAGAUAAUUUAGAUAUGUUUCAAAAAGAAAGUGUCAAAUUCAACGUUGGUGAUGAUUGUCCCGUCUUUGAUGGGUUGUACGAAUUCUGUGGUAUCUCUGGUGGUGGUUCCAUGGAAGGUGCUGCUAGAUUAAACAGAGGUAAAUGUGAUAUUGCAAUCAAUUACGCUGGUGGGUUACAUCAUGCUAAAAAAUCAGAAGCUUCAGGUUUCUGUUAUUUGAAUGAUAUUGUCCUUGGUAUUAUUGAAUUGUUGAGAUACCAUCCAAGAGUGUUGUAUAUUGAUAUUGAUGUUCAUCAUGGUGACGGUGUUGAAGAAGCUUUUUACACCACUGAUCGUGUCAUGACUUGUUCUUUCCAUAAAUAUGGUGAGUUUUUCCCUGGUACUGGUGAGCUUAGAGAUACCGGUGUUGGUAAAGGUAAAAACUAUGCUGUUAAUGUUCCAUUAAGAGAUGGUAUUGAUGAUGCCACUUAUAAAUCUGUUUUUGAACCUGUGAUUUCUAAAAUUAUGGAAUGGUAUCAACCUUCUGCAAUUGUGUUACAAUGUGGUGGUGAUUCUUUAUCAGGGGAUCGUCUUGGUUGUUUCAACUUAUCGAUGAAAGGACAUGCUAAUUGUGUCAACUUCUGUAAAUCUUUGAAUGUUCCACUUAUGAUUCUUGGAGGUGGUGGUUAUACCAUGAGAAAUGUUGCAAGAACAUGGGCUUUUGAAACAGGGUUGUUGAAUAGUGAGCUUUUGGACACAGAUUUACCAUAUAAUGAUUAUUAUGAGUACUAUGGUCCUGAUUAUAAAUUGGAUGUUAGAAAUUCAAAUAUGUACAAUGCUAACAGUCCUGAAUAUUUGGAUAAGAUUUUGACACAGAUAUUUAGUAAUUUGGAACAUACCAAGUUUGCACCAAGUGUUCAAAUAAAUGAUGUUCCAAAAGAUGCUGAAGAUUUGGGAGAUGAAGAUGAAGAUUUACCAGAUGCAAUUGAUACAAAAGGUGGUUCACAAUACGCUAGAGAUAACUUAAUAACGCCAAAGACUGAGUUUUAUUGA